AUGGUGAAUCUCUCCAAUGGCGUCCUGGCCGCCCUGAACUUGGUCACCCUCCUCGUCUCCGUGGCGCUCAUCGGCGCGGGCGCGUACGUCCUGGCGCAGCCGGCCACCGAGUGCCAGCGCCUGGUGCGGGUGCCCGCCAUGGCGCUGGGCGCGGCGCUCCUCGUGCUCUCUCUGAUGGCGCUCGCCGGCGCGUGCUGCCGCGCCACGCCGCUCCUCUGGGCCUACGUGGUCUGCAUGUUCCUGAUCCUCACCGGCAUGUUCGUGGCCACCGCGUUCGCGUUCGCCGUCACCAACAGGGGCGCCGCCGCCGCCGUGUCCGCGGCCGGGUACGGGGACUACCGGGUCGGGGACUACUCCGACUGGCUGCGGGACAGGGUCGGGGACUACGAGACGUGGAGCCGGAUCCAGAGCUGCGUCGCGGACGCGGGCGUGUGCGCCGGCGGCGGCUGGCUCGGCGGCGUCCAGGGCGGGAUCAACGCCGGCAAGCUCUACCAGCAGUACCUGCCGCUCGUUCAGUCCGGCUGCUGCAAGCCGCCGGCGUACUGCGGGUUCGAGCGCGUGAACGCGACGUUCUGGGCGGCGCCCGCGGCGACCACGGCGGCGGACGCCAUCGACUGCCGGGCGUGGAGCAACGACGCGCGGGUGCUGUGCCUGCAGUGCAACGCGUGCAAGGCCGCCGUGGUGGAAUCCGCCAUUCACCACUGGAAGGCCGUGGCCGCGCUCAACGUCGCCGUCCUGCUGCUCCUCAUGCUCUCCUACUCGCUCGGCUGCUGCGCCAUCCGCAGCAACCACAGACGCCGGUACUACUACUGA